AUGAGCAAAACUAUUAAAAAAUUAAAUGAAGCUGCAUUAGAAAAUUUAUAAACAACAACCUGGCAUGAUGAAUAUAACAAGAGCAGUUACAUCUUUGUAGCCAAUCUGAAUUAUGGCAUGAAUGAAGGGGAUAUAGCCAUAGUGUUCUCAUAAUAUGGAGAAAUAGUUGAUGUACAUUUGGUUAGAGAUAAAAUAACUGGAAAAUCUAAAGGAUUUUGUUUCUUAGCAUAUGAAGAUUAAAGAUCAACCAUAUUGGCUGUAGACAACUUCAAUCAUGCUGAAGUAUGUAUGUAUAUGAAUUACCAAAAAGGUGGAAGAUUAUUGAGAGUAGAUCAUGUAAGAGAAUUUAAGCCUCCCAAAGAAUAUCUUGAUAUCUCUCCUGAUGAUCCAGAAAUAUUUAAUAAACUAUACAAACCAUCUGGACCAGAUGGUAAAGGAUGGGGAGAGUUUAGAGAGUUAACUUAAGAAGAAUUAAACUUAAAAGCUUAAAUAGAAGCUUAAUAAUAAGAAAUUAAUAAAAGGAAUGAAAAAAUAUUUGAAAAUAUGCAAUAGAUAAAAAAUAUGCAGGGUAUUAUUGAUGAAGAUGAAAGAGUAUAAAUACAACAUUAUUUUAUAGUGGGAUAAAAUGUUAAUGGUUUAAGAUGAGAAGAAAGAACUUUUAUAAAAAAUUGAAGCUCUUCAAUAUUUCAAUAAUAAGAUGCAAAAGUAUAAACAAAUCUAAGAACCUGAAAAAUAAGAAACAAAUCAGGAAAGAUUAUUAAGAUUAUAGUAAAAAAAUAAUAAAAAAUUAUUAAAAAAGAAUUCAGAAGAAAGAAGAAAAGAAAAAAAAAUUAAAAAAGAUAAGAAAGAUAAAAAAACUAAAAAAAACAAGGACAAAAAGGAGAUGAAAGGAAAAAAAUUAAAAAGCCAUCAAUCUCAAUAAUCAGACAAAUCAGAAAGCGAAAGUCCAAAAUGAG